AUGCCUUCCAUCGCUGAAGCGCAACCAUAUUCUACCCACUCACCCAAAAAUUGCCGGAAGCGUGGGCAUGAUGACCAAGAAUCAUUGGACUGUCCUAUGAUGUUUCAGGCCAGUUCUCGACACAUUAUACUGCCUUCGUCUCAAAUUGCCGAUAGAGUAAAGUCUGCUGGGGAAUCAUUCUAUGGCUCUGAGCUAGCCAUUGUGGGUAGCGAGAGGGGAAAUGAAAAGAAUCGUGGAAUGGAGAAACGACUGUUGUUAUUGAAGGCCAAAAGGAAUCACCAGUCUCCGGAAAAUCACAUCAAACGAUUUCGCUUUUCCCCAGCCUCUACUUAUCCAGACUUGACAUUGAUUCCAACUACCGUCGUUAACCAAGAACCGAGGCAUGAGGGAAAGAUGAUGGGACCAGACGCUAUCGUAAAUGAGUCAAAGGAUUGCCUCGAAAUUGGUGCAUGUCACAUCUGUCGGCGUAAGCCGACAGAUAAAAAUGAACUGCAGUUCUAUGUCGAUUGUGAGCGCUGCCAAGAAAGGACCUGUUGGAUCUGUAUCCGUCAAUGUGACGGUAUAGGAUACCACCAUAGAGACCAUACGACCGAAAGCCCUCUUCAGCUUGUUUUAUUGCCAUCCAAAACAUGCGGAGUAGAAAGCUUCUCCAGACAUGAUUCAGUAAUAUGUAGUCGUUGCUGCGUUGAGAAGGGGGCGGAGGGAGAAGUAUGGUGUUUUGGCUGUCUUGAAGCUCAAAAUUACAGGUAG